GAUUUAUUCUGGUUCUGUUUUCAAUUAUGACACGCAGGUUCCUGGGUAGAACUCCACUUCAGCAGUAACGGAAGUGGUAGUGGAAACACAGUGACACCAACAAGCCAAGAGCAAGUACCAGCCUCUAUUUCCAUUCACAAUGGUGACAUGGAGAAAAUACUCCUUGAUGCUCAACAUGAAUCUGGACGAAGCAGUUCAAGAGAAAGUUCACACUGUGACAGCCCUCCUCGUUCCCAGACGCCUCAAGACAGUAACAGAGCUUUGGAAAUAGAGAGUCACAGCAGUGGAGAAAAGAAUAGCUUUCAGUCUGAAGAAGAUUUCCUUGAAAGGAGGAAAGAAGUAGAAAGGCUCUUGAAGAAAAAUGCAGACUGGAUUUGGGACUGGUCCAGCAGGCCUGAGAACAUCCCACCAAAGGAAUUCCUCCUGAAACAUCCCAGGCGCACAGCCACUCUCAGCAUGAGAAAUACAAGCGUAAUGAAGAAAGGGGGCAUAUUCUCAGCAGAAUUUUUAAAGGUUUUCCUUCCAUCUCUGCUUCUUUCUCAUCUGCUUGCCAUUGGACUAGGGAUUUACAUUGGAAGACGCCUUACAACCACAGCUUCAAGCAGUACUUUUUAAGGCAGGUGAAAUCCAGUUUCAAGGCGAGGAAAAUAUUCAUCUGGGAAUACAAGAGGUGAACAGCAGAAACUUACAUGCUAGCAAUAGCUACAUGAUCCGUGUGCAUCUGUUCCGUAAAUGUCGUGUUCCUAGUUUAGUAAGAGUGAGAGAAGAGAUGCUAAAGCUAAGGUAUAACAACAUAUAGUCUUCUGGAUCAAUUAUAAAGCAUGUUUCAGACAGAUUAACAGCUGCUAUAUUGCUUCAUAGUAAAAUAUCUUUGAAAAUCAAAAAAACGUGAUGCUUAAAAACAAAACCUUAGCUUUAAUAUAGCAAUCGCGAUUCAGCUAGAUCUUCAUCCGAAUUGCUGUUUCUUUAUACUUCAUAAAUGCAAUAUUCUUCACUGCUGAUGUAAUCAUGACAAUAAGGGAUUCGCCCAAAAGAAUGUGUGGCCUUAUGUAACAUAAACAGUGAUUCAGAGAAAGCUUUUACCUCAUUUGAGGCAAUUCCUCAUUUGCUUAAGAUUUUGCUUAGCUCUUUUUUCAUUUUAUGUGAGACCUGAAAUGUUAAGAGACACGAUCAGCUUGAAUAAACUAACAUAUCUCUAAAACUUCACCAGUUUUUAUUAGUUCAGAAUAUGAUCUACAGCAGCCUAAAUUAUUUGAACCUUUGUGUCCAAUAGUUUUUUGGCAAAGGCUGUUACUUAACUCAUAAAUUAAUAGAAGUUCCUUCUGUUGUUUCUUCUUGCAGACCAGUGCUUCAGUCUUUUUAUCUGCAAAAUAAUAAACUUGCAUCUUAAACUUGCCUCAUCCCUGUAUAGAUUUGAAAAAGUUUGCUUGCUUAUUUGUUUUAUUAAGGGAAUGCAUUUUCAUUCAAUAAUUUUAUCUUGUUUAAUGAAAAACCACAGAUGUUUGCCAAAUUAUCAUAAGUUUUAUAUGUUUAAAUAAAAAGGUUCCUCAUGGA